GGGGGGGGGAGACAACUCUUCUAUGAGAUCCAGGUUUGUUUGUUUUUUAAUGGGUCUGAGCUUGCUUAAGAAGUUCUACUUCUCUAAUAAAGGAAAAUCUCCAUGGUAGGGUUCUAUUGAGCAACCUAUAGGGUUCUAGUAAUAUUUUAGAUUUGUAUGAUAUAGAGUAUGGUACCUGUUAGUAAGUGCGUGUGUUUACCACCAUGAGAAAUGCACAUAAGAUUUACAUGAUUUAAAUGUCUGGAGCUUGUUAAAUAGUAACAGCGCUGUAAUUUGUCUAAUCAGGUACAGAUUACAUUUCUCCAGUCUACUCUAAAACACUCAUUGCAUGGCUACAUUGCAUGGCUAGAAAGUGUGAAAGAAAAAAAGUAAAAGGAUAAACUGCAUGUGUGUGUGUGUGUGUGUGUGAGGGAGAGAGAGAGAGAGUGAGCACCAUCGCAUGACUGUGGGUGUGGGAACAGAGAGAGAUGGGAUAUGGAGGGUAGGAAUGUAAAAUGGGAAGGAAGAGGAAAACCACUGAUGUGAUUUCACUAGUUUCCCAGUGCCACUCCAGUCCACCCAGGUCACAAAAACAAAUCGCUAUAAUCUGGUUUGCUUUCUUUUGCUACUCAUGAAAAAAAUUCCUCUCUCCCAUAGUGGUGCAUUUUGAUCCAGAUGUUUUGGGAAUGACAUGGCCAUUAAUGGGAAAAGAGAAGAGGAACUGGAUUCAACAGUAUAUGUUCCCAUACAGAGUAAAUAUUCCCAUCAAUCACCUGCUUCCUUACAAGUUGUGGCAUUCCUAUUUACUCAUUUUUGUCCUCCAAUCCAACACUUGCCCCCCCCCCCAUUUUCUUUGUUAGCCUCCCCAGUCUCAUCUCCCCCAACUCCACAGCUGUAGUUGAUCAACGCUUGGCUUUUCCCUUAGCCAAUCAUUUCUGUCCUCCCUCCUCCCGCCUUCAUUUCCUCUGUCUAAAUGUUCCCAUCUCUCUCUCUCUCUCUCCUUUUUCGCUCAUGUUUUCAUUCCCCCUUUUAAGCAUUCCAUCAUCGGGGCUCCAUGACCCAUUAAAGCAACAUUACCUCACUGAAUGUGUCCGUAAUAUGUCCUUUCUCUUUAGGCCAUACUUUUCAUGCCUAGGGCUUUUUUGUGUCAUGUUUUCUGUCAUUAAAUAAAUGUCAUAGAACGCAUUUUGAUAGAACGGGCUAUUGAAACGUGAUUUCACCUGACCAAAAUUGCACCACAGACUCUACUGCUGUGGCCUAUUAAGUCCCAGAUUGCUUCCUCUGUCCAGUUCAGGGUCAUCGACAUGGCCAUAUCUCUCUGUUCUCUUUCACACUGAGCUCAUUUUUUUUUCUAGAGGACAGAAGGGAAACAGGAAAGACGGGACAAGGCUACAAGCAGAAGAGGGAGGGGAGUGAGUUCUUACUAAACCCUUCUAAUAAACAAAGGCUUUUUCUUCUCCAUGUACCCUCUUCCCCUCUCCUCCAUGGAGUACCCCAUGGUUGUGUAAAUACUGUAAAUUCAUGUCCACGUGGCUCAGUGACUCGAGGAGUGGGAACAUAUUUCAUUCUUGGCACUUGGAUGUUUGUGCUCAAAUUCUCUCUUAUUAGCUUCUAGCUCAUGUGCCCCUGGAUCAUGUGCCUCGCACCUUUUUAUGCAUUGGUUGCUUGUGUUCUCCCAGGACCCUUACCUUUUCUCCUUUUCCUCUUUUCCAUCAUCUUUGUGUCUGUCAUAUAUGCCCAUAUGUCACUCUGUAAAAGCAAUCUUUGCAAAUUUACACACACAGGGUGUAACAAUUUGUUAGGAAUUUGCAUGAUUUCCCUUGUUUCAUAUUGAUUUGAUUCAUUCAUUCAUCUUCAGGAACUAUUUUAUUGCGGUCAGGGUCAUGGUGGAUCCCCGGAAGCACUGGAUAUGAGGAUUUUCCUUGUUUCAUCAUACCUAAAUUGUCGUUUCAGCUACCUCCAGUUUCACAAUGACACCAGGAUCCAGUCGAAAACUGUAAGAUCAGCAAUCUAAGACACUGAUCCACAUACUACAUGACUCAUCUCACAGAUACAUGAUUUGUGAUUGUUUGCUUGCAGUAUAUUUGACCAUUUGAUACUUUUGAGCUCAGUUCAGCAUCUUUAUAGCUGACUAUAUACCUGUUAUACCUGUAACAGCCUAGUGCUUUAUUUUACGCCCCAUGUCUUCAGGGAUUAAUACAUGCUUAGUGUAUAUGUAUUGGAAUAGGCCUGGGUUAUAUUCAUAAACUCUCAUUUUAGCCAAUUUCAUGGCUGUGUUACAAAUAAUCUGAAUGAAUACGCUUUGCUUAUACGAUACACUUUUAUUUCGCUAAGAGGCUGUUAAUGUCUGCAAACACUUCCUAAAAGGUCUUGUUUACUUUGUCGGUUGGUUUCUCUAGUUUGGGCUUCUCACUGGAGACAUUUUAAUUAAGCAUCUUGUAAGCCAAAGUCAGUUUUAACUUUUUUUAGGGAUUUAUAUGUAUAUUUCUAUAUUUUAGGCACCUGAUGCGUUUGUGCACUUUUGUGUGAUGCUAUCUUUCACCACUUGGUGUCGCACUUGGUGUCGCAAUCGGAUUUUUGGUUAGGGCUGAAAUGCAAGGCAAUUAUUGAUCAAUAUUUAGGUGGGAUGUUUGUAAAAAAGGGACACAAUUUUGCACAGCGAUUUAAGCACGUAGAUUUGACAGUAGCUAUAAAAAGUCAUAUUGCCUAAAUGUUGUACAUCUCGGUGUGUUUGUUUCAAAUAGUAUCUUAAGCCUUUUGCUUUCUACAUGGUUUCAUUUUUCCCAUGCAGUUUUCCCAUGAACACGCAGUUGAACACACACUCUCAGAAACAAAGAUGCCAAGUAGUAACUUCCGACAAGGAAAAUUACAAUCAAGUGUACACCCUAUGAACAUUUAUUAUGUAAAUUAGUGGUCCAUAAGGUCCAAGUAUGUCGCUUAAAUUAUUUCUUUUAAAAGGUCAGCAACAAUGAAUAGUACCUUUAUUUGUGAGUGCGUGGGUGUGUGUUUUCCUUCUAUUUCCACUUUUUUAUUAAUAAGCUUGUGUUUUCCUUCUUUUUCCGCUUUAUUUUUAUUAUUCGUCGUUCUCGCUCAUUUGCUCAGCACUGGCGCCAAAGAGGAUGAGAACAAUCUUCCAUUGAUGCCCUAUGAAGCUGGUUCCGCCCAUUUUCACAUUCCAGCCAAUUGGGAACGCGUUCUUCUUGGUGUAGCCAAUCAGAAAAGGGUGCUUCGGAGAAAUCCGUUCCACGGCGUCUUUUCCGCACGGCUCCGCCCCUGAGCUCAGAAUUUGAGGGAAAGUAAACAUGAGCGUCAGUAGGACAGGAGCUGCUGUACACUAUUUACACUGGACGAGAAUGUACUAAAUGUGUUCAAACGCCACCAUUUUAAACACGCGUUAGUGCUGUUUUGAAGAGCAACAUGAGCAAGGCAGGGAAGGGUGAGCCCCAUGAGUUUAAGGAAAAAACGUUUAAGAAGAAGCGCCAGUGUGGGGUGUGCAAGCAAAACAUAGACAGUCUGGGAUCCUUCUGCCGAGUCUGCAAAACAGCCACUCACAAGAAAUGUGAAAGUAAGGCCAGCACACCCUGUAUCCCGGCCCCAUCCUCUGAUUUGCAGCGGAGAGGAACGGCCUCCUCUCGACACAUCCAACAUCUGGGCUCAACCAAAUCUCUGACAUACACCAAACCGAGAAGUACUCUACCCAGGAGUAUAAGUGUGGAUCGGGUGAUGGACAGGGUGAUGGAGCGCCACUACAACUUUGACCUCACCUACAUCACUGAGCGCAUCAUCUCCGUCUUCUUUCCCCCUCUGCUGGAUGAGCAGCGUUAUCGCCUCAAUCUCAAAGAAGUGGCAGCUAUGCUCAAGUCCAAACACCAGGACAAGUUUUUGUUACUCAACCUGUCUGAGAGAAGGCAUGACAUCACACGGCUUAACCCCAAGGUCCAUGAUUUUGGCUGGCCGGACCUACAUGCACCUCCGCUGGACAAAAUCUGUUCCAUGUGCAAAGCCAUGGAGACAUGGCUGAACUCUGACCCUCAGCAUGUGGUGGUUCUGCAUUGCAAGGGUAAUAAAGGAAAGACGGGAGUUAUCAUCGCUGCAUACAUGCACUACAGCAAGAUAUCAGCAGGGGCAGAUCAGGCUCUCAGCACACUGGCUAUGAGGAAAUUUUGUGAGGACAAAGUGUCACCUUCUCUCCAGCCCUCACAGAACAGGUAUAUAUAUUAUUUUGGUGGACUUCUAUCAGGGGCCAUAAAGAUGAACAGCAGUCCUCUUUUCCUCCAUCAGGUCCUUAUUCCCACCAUCCCCAAGUUUCAUGCUGAUGGAGGUUACUUGCCCUUCUUGAAGAUCUAUCAGUCCAUGCAGCUGGUCUACACCUCAGGCAUAUAUGAUUUGCAGGGUUCAACAGGCAGAAAGCUGUGUGUGACCAUUGAGCCUGCUCUAUUGCUGAAAGGAGAUAUUAUGGUGAAGUGCUAUCACAGACGACUUCAGGCCACUGAGAGGGACACGGUGUUCCGACUCCAGUUUCACACCUGCACCAUCCACGGAGCACAGCUGUGGUUCGGGAAAGGAGAACUUGAUGAAGCUUGCUCAGAUGACAGAUUUCCCCUUGAUGCCACAGUGGAAUUUGUGUUUUCUUCUGGACCAGAGAAAAUUAAAGGACGAGAAUACCAGCGGAAUGACCCAGCAGUCACAGUUGACUAUAAUACAGCUGAUCAAGUAGUGCGUUGGGAUUCUUAUGACAACUUGAACCAAAGACAUGAAGACAGUCAAGACGAUAUUGCACACACUCGAGGACCUCUGGAUGGCAGUCUGUAUGCUCAGGUGAAGAAGCGACGUGCUGCUUGCUCUUCCUCCUUUCUAUCCACUAAUGGUAGUCCAGGGCAAAUCUCUGAUGAGAGACAAGGUCAUCUCCUGUCACACAGCACCGACUCCGGGCAUUCAUCAGUUCCACCUGAUCGCCUUGAAGAUUCACCCAGACGGCCACCACCUACUCCGCAAGAGCGGGAGGAGCUGGAGCGGCUUCUUGGAGGAAUUGAGGGUGGAAGGACUUGCAGAGAUCGUGAACGGGAGACAGCAAUUUUGGAUGAUGGCGACUCACUCUCACCAGAAAAUACUGGGUCGCUGCUUUUGGCUCGUUCGUGUUCCUGCCGCAUGGGCUACAGAUCACAGCGUUGCUCUGAACUCCAUCACUUGCCCAAUGGCUACUGCCUGGACCACUCAGCUCCCAGCAACAACCACACAGGAGUACCUACACCAAACAUACUAGGGCUGUGCCAGCACCACGGAGGUCACACACACCAGGCACUCCCACCUCCAGACCUGCUGUGGGACCGACAGCAAGGCUCUCAGCACUACCUGCAUGGUCCUUCUAGGCAUGUUUGCCCUUAUCCAUCCCAGGAACUCUGCCCUCACCCUCACACACUUUCCCCUAGUGGACGACUGCUGUGCAGGUCAGACGAAUUCCUCCCCUACACCCAGCCACAACAAAACCACCCGCACAACCCGAAAGCAGCUGGACCCUAUCAUGACGUGAUGCUUGUAGAUGGCCUCCUACCACCCCCUAGCUGCCCAUGCCGUGAUUGCUGCUUGAGACGAGAGGACUUUCACACUUUACGGCUUGACAGAGGUGAAGGAUUGCACUGGGAAAGGGAAGAGCUCCCUCGAGACGGUGGCUUAAGGCGAAGCAGAGGAUCCGAGGCUCCAAGACGGACAGAACUGCACUGGGAACGAGAGGCAGGGUUAAGACAGGGUAGAGAGGUCUCACUCCAUUGGGACAGGGACAGAGAAGCAGAGCUACAAUGGGAGAGAGAACGAGAAGCUGAGUACUGGCACAGAAGAACUGCCUUGUCACCAUAUGGCCCCCCAGGUCACGAGCCUGCUUUCACCUUUGACCCACUUCCGCAGGGUCACCCAGCAUUUCCAGAACCCUCGAGAUCACACAGUCAUGCCCACCUGGAUAUCAAGUACAGCAGUGGCUCCAGCAGCUACCAGACAUCUCACCCGAUGUGCCCCUGCUCACCCUACCAGCCCUCGCCUUCUGAGAGCCGUGGCUAUGCUUCAGGUUAUCAGUCAGACUCCACUUCUCCACUGCCUCCCAACUACACCUCUUGCUACAGCCAUUCAGACCCCCACCAGCAGCACUACACCUCCAGCACACACUCAGAUGGUUCUGGGAUUCCAGGUGAAAAUGUAGGAUGGCGGGACCAUAUAACCCAUGGUUCCUUGAGACGGCUGCAUCGUGAAGCACAUGGACCAUGCUCCACCCCCUCUGAUAUGUCUGGACCACCCACUCCAGUCCACACCAGCAGCCCAUUGCAUACACAAGAGAGCCCCAGUCUGAGCGUACGGGAUCAGGAAGCACGAUCAUCAGAGAUGAGCACAGACAGCACCGCUCACCAGGAGAGAAUGAACCCAGCUCUCCAGCAAAAUCUCUCAAACUCUGGACCAGAGCCUCAUCGAGUUGGAAGUCCAUCCACAGAGCCCCCUAAGUCAUGCACAUUGAUAUCAGAGAAGCACUGCACCCUUCCUCAGCAGCUCUCUACACAUUCCCCUUCUCCUCAGCAACUCCCACCACAUUCUUCCAUUUCUCCUCAACAAAUCUCUACACAUUGCUUGUCUUCUUCUCAGCAGCUCUCCUCACAUUCCUCAUCUCCUCAGCAGCUCUCCCCACAUUCCUCAACUCCUCAGCAGCUCUCCCCACAUUCAUCCUCACCUCCUCAUCAGAACUCUACACAUUGCUCCCCUUCUAGUCAAAACUCCACACACUGCCCACCUCCUCAACAGAGCUCCACACACUGCCCACCUCCUCAACAGCGCUCCACACAUUAUCCACCUCCUCAACAGAGCUCCACACACUGCCCAGCUCCUCAACAGAGCUCCACACACUGCCCAGCUCCUCAACAGAGCUCCACACACUGCCCAUCUCCUCAACAGAGCUCCCCACACUGCUCAGCUCCUCAACAGAGCUCCCCACACUGCCCAGCUCCUCAACAGAGCUCCACACACUGCCCAUCUCCUCAACAGAGCUCCCCACACUGCUCAGCUCCUCAACAGAGCUCCCCACACUGCCCAGCUCCUCAACAGAGCUCCCUACACUGCCCAGCUCCUCAACAGAGCUCCACACACUACCCAUCUCCUCAACAGAGCGCCACACAUUCUGCCCCCGUAAUACCCACAGCCAACAGUCACCCACAAGCCCCAGUGCCAUCUAUCCAUUCUGCCCCAGCAUCUCUUACUAAGGCAAAUCAACAACAAAGCACUAGCCAGCAAAUCAAGGAAGGCAGUCUGCCCAUCUCAGCUUCUCAGCCAGUUCAAAAUGAGACGGUUCUACACUCUGUUCCUCCUCAUUCACUGCAGCACAUUCACCAAAUACAAAUAUCAGAGUCCGUUUCAACCCAGCCUCACAGCAAUGGAGUGCCAUCAAUUUCUGAUCCAGAGACUCCAAAUUUAUCUCCUUCUGCUCCUGUUUCACCUCAGCCACCACUGGGCAGCCUAAAUGGCUCUUCCUCCCCUGAACCCCCUGUGCCAGGCUUUGCCACUCUAGGCAGGAAACUGAUGUUGGAUACAGGAUUCACAUCAUCUGGAGAUCCUGAUCCUAGUUGCAGUGCCUCUGAUUCUUACUUGACUUCCACCUUGGCCCUCUCUUCAACCACUUACCCACCUUCUGACAGCACUGCUACCCAGCCUCCUUUGCCAGAGAAAAGACGCCAGGGUACCCUGCCAGGGUCACCCAAUGGGAGGUCAGGCUCUCUAAGAGCAUCCACAAGUCAUUCUCCCUCUGGCCAACACCAUGUUACCUUCUCACCAUUGGUAGGAGCGGUGACAGUAUCUGGUGGGCAGAACGAAGGGCCAGCAGAGGGUGAAACGGGCAGCAGGGUCAGUGUGAAGUUUGUGCAGGACAGCUCCCGUUUCUGGUAUAAGCCUGGAAUCUCCCGAGAACAAGCCAUUGCAGCUCUGAAGGAAAAAGAGCCCGGUGAGUUCAUCAUCAGGGAUAGCAACUCCUUCCAGGGGGCCUAUGGUUUGGCCCUCAAAGUGGCCUCACCACCUGCCAACAUCAGCAACAAUUCCUGCAAAGUUGGAGAUCCCAUGGAACAGCUGGUGAGACAUUUCCUAAUUGAGACUGGGCCACGAGGGGUGAAAAUCAAAGGCUGUCAAAAUGAACCCCACUUUGGGAGUCUAUCAGCGCUGGUGUAUCAGCAUUCCAUUACACCCAUCUCUCUGCCCUGUGCUCUCCGCAUCCCUGACAAGGAUCCCAUAACAGAGAGCCUGGAAGUGCAGCCAGUCAGUAACAUGAGCACAGCAGCAGACUUACUGAAACAGGGAGCAGCAUGUAAUGUGCUGUACCUGAACUCGGUGGAGACUGAGUCUCUGACAGGACCGCAGGCAGUAGCUAAAGCCACAGGCGUGAUGAUGUCACUAAGCCCUCGGCCCUCUGCCACCGUAGUGCACUUCAAAGUGUCGACGCAGGGCAUCACUCUGACCGACAGUCAGCGCCGGGUGUUCUUCAGGAGGCACUACCCCAUUAACAGCGUGACGUUUAGCAGCGUAGAUCCACAGGACAGGAGGUGGACUAACUCAGACAGCACAACGUCUAAAGUGUUUGGGUUUGUAGCUAAGAAACCAGGCAGCGUGGCAGAGAACGUGUGUCACCUGUUUGCCGAGCUCGACCCUGACCAGCCUGCCAUUGCUAUCGUUAACUUCAUCAACAAAGUCAUGCUGGGGCCACAGCAGCGCUAGAGGACGAGGGAGGGAGAGAGAGAAGAUGAUCAAUCCCUCACAAAGAAAGAAGGAUAGAGUGACUCAUGGUUAAAAAGAGUUACCAAAGCACUGAAAACUAGUCUGUUGUGUAGCUGAAGUACUUCAAGACCAAACCAAAGUGAAAUGAACUAAACAGUGAUACUGACGUAUUGAAGGUUUAAUAACACACUAUUAGAAGUCACAAUCAUUGAGGUAGGAAUAUAUUGAGCACUGUUGGUUGGUUUUUAUACCAUAUGAAAAGUAUCUUAUCAGACAGUACAUGCACUCAAAUACCAAAUAUCUCCACAGCUGACGAGCAACAGUCUUUCUUUAUGCAUUUCAUUAAUCAGCUUUAAGUAGUUAAAUAGAGACUAGCUGCUACGCGUGUCCAAUCUGGCACACUGUAUAACUGAGUACAGCGGAAUGUUUGAGACUCCGCGUUUUAUUGAGAAAGGUGGCAUGCGAGAAUGCAGUGGGCCAGGCGUGCAGACAGGUGUGGGCGGAGCAGACAUACGGUGGUGGUACCAGGGAAGAAAUGAGUUUAUCUGGAGUCAAAAAAUUGUUAUAGUUUUCAGAUAGAUCGACGUUUCAUUUCGAAAUGAAGUUAAAUAGAGAAAGAAUUAAUCAGAAUAAGCUUUCAGCUCCUGUUGCAGUACUCAGCAACAUGGGUCAUGUUAUCGCGUCGUAAUCAAACUGCCGAGAAAAAUACUUUUUACUUUCUUAAAAAAUACUCUGCUCUAAAAGUUUUAACUUCAAAAUUUAUAUUAAUGUAUUUCAUUUUCAUGUCAUAACCAUGUUAAUGUAAAAAGGAGGUCUAAAGUUUUUACUUAACUAAAAAGCUUUGCUGAGCACUCGUAUAUUUAUAAGCUUUAUUCAGUCAUGUAUUUUGUUUGCAUGUAUCAGAGUCAUUAUGGCUUUCUAAGAGACAGACAUGUCUGCCAGCUUUAAUAUAUUGUAUUUACUCUGUAUUUUCUUGUUGAUCUUUGUAUUUAGUAAUAUAUUCACUCAGAUGCAGCUUGGAAAGUGAUGAAAAAAAACUUAAUGGAAGGACACUUUUAUAUGAAAUGGAUUUUUAAACUGUUAUUUUUUCAAUAUAAGCAUAAAUGAAUAUAAUAAAUGUAAAGCUGUGGUACCAAG